AUGCCCUCAGCCCCCACCUGCCAGCACGGAUCGUACCACCAGUGCGAGUGCUACGGUCACAAUACGCAGCUUCCCAACUACCGCCACGAUAUCAGCAACCCACGUACGCUGCAAGGAUAUUACGCCCCAAAUGGCGGGUGCCCCUGCCCUGGCACGUGCGGCGCGGAAAAAAAUGGACUGUACUGCUCAGGCCGCGGAGCAGACGCAUCCGCCAUGCCCAAGCUGACCUUUCGUGCCGCGGAUGGCCCACACACGGUUCACACGACCGCGGACGUCGACGGGAACGGCCGCGACCCGGCAACAAGCAUCCGCACCGCCUUUCCCAACUCGCGCAACUACGGCGGCACGGCGGCCCAGCGUGGCCCCGCCACUCUGAGCACGAGGGCACAACUUGGAGCAUCUCGCAAGGCGUGUGCCGAGGCCAAACGCGAGGAGCGCGCGCAGGACCGCAAAAACUUCUUGCGUGGUGUCCUGCGGGAUGAGAUGCUUGCCCGUAUGGAUGCAGAAGGGAAGCUAGCGGCGCUCGAGGCGGAUAUGGGCCUCAUGGGCACCCAUCACGGCGAAGACUACGAAGCAAGUCAGCGGGCGGCGGGCAGCAUGCGCGGUGGUCUCGACUCCACAUCGCGUGACCCGGACACCGUCCUCACCCUCGGAGAGCAAUACCGCGAGAUCAUGGACGAACUGGAGUACGUGGCAGACCAGCCUGUCGGCUCCAAGUACAACAUCAUUCGUCUACACUACCUCGUGGAGGAGGAGGAUCGGUUGAGCCGGCUCCGUCUACAGGAGCGCAUUCAGAAGAUGGCGGAGGCCAUGCAGCGCAAAAAGUGA